CUCUUCUGAACGGCCCUCCGUGGACAGCCCUCUCCGCAAACCAUAUAACUCGAAGCCGUAGCUGCAGGUAAUUCGUAGGACAUAUUUCCCUCUGACCUCCCUUGUGUGCGUCGAUCAUGCCCAAGAAAUCGUUCCGCGUCGUAGUCCUCCCUGGCGAUGGGAUUGGCCCGGACGUGGUUGCACAGGCAGUCCGCGUGCUUGAGGUCGUCUCCGCUACGUCCCCGGACAUCGAGCUUAAGCUCGAGGAGCACCUCUUCGGCGGUUGCGCCAUCGACGCUACCGGUGUGCCCCUGCCAGAAUCCACCCUUCAGGCUUGUAAGGAGGCCGAUGCCAUCCUCAUGGGCUCGGUCGGCGGACCCAAAUGGGACGUCAACAGCAAAGUGCGCCCGGAGCAGGGCUUGCUGGGCCUGCGCAAGGGCCUCGGCCUCUACGCGAACAUCCGGCCUUGCAACUUUGCCUCCGACUCCCUCCUCUCAUACUCCCCGCUGAAGGCCUCCGUCGCGCAAGGCACUGACAUCAUCAUCAUCCGCGAGCUGAUCGGCGGUGCGUACUUCGGCGAGCGCAAGGAGCUCGGCCAGGCAGAGCAGCCCGACGUCGCGUACGACACGAUGAUCUACAGCAUUCCGGAGGUGCAGCGGAUCACGCGCGUGGCGGCGCAGAUUGCGCUCAACGCGGACCCACCGCUUGCGAUCCACUCGAUCGACAAGGCCAAUGUGCUUGCGAGCUCAAGACUUUGGAGGAAGGUCGUAGUGGAGACGCUGCAGAACGAGUACCCCCAGCUCAAACUCGAUCAUACCCUGGUCGACUCUGCAUCCAUGGUCAUGGUCGCGAGCCCUAGGAAGCUGAACGGCGUAGUCGUCACAGAGAACCUGUUCGGAGAUAUUCUCUCGGACGAGGCCAGUGUUAUCCCUGGCUCUCUCGGAUUGCUCCCUUCAGCAUCUCUGGCCGGCGCGCCCUCUGUUGCAGAUGCACUCUCACCCGAGUUCAAGCCCACUCACGGUCUAUACGAACCGAUCCACGGCUCCGCGCCAGACAUCGCUGGGAAGGGCAUCGCGAACCCGAUCGGCACGAUACUCAGUGCGGCACUGCUCCUCCGGUACUCGCUCGGCCUCGACAAAUACGCGCAGGCGAUUGAGAAGGCCGUGCAGAAGGUGCUCGACAACCAGGAUAUCGGCGGCUUCGAGCUGCGGACGGCAGACCUCGGCGGGAGCGCGAAGACGACAGAGAUCGGCGACAAGAUCGUGGAGGUUCUGAAGGCAUCAUUGGCAUAGUAGAGGUGCCGCAGAGAACGCGUACUGAUAGUGUAGCCCCAGGUCUCCCUCAUGUAUCAACUCAAGCUGUACUUUUUGUACCACAUUCCAAUCGAGUGGAGACCACCACAGUUGCUCGGCUA